GCCCGGCCGAGACCGGAGACCCGAGCGCGGCGAGCGGCGCAGGCAGGCAGGACAUGGAAGACCAGGAACUGCCAUAUGUGCUAAUUGACUGUAUAGGAGGGAAACAUGGAGUAUUUGAGAACCAUGUUGAAUUUCUGAAGAAACAUUUUUGCCUUAUCACCAUGAAAGAAUAUCUUGAAAACAAGAAGUUUCUUGGCAAAAAGAUCAGAGCUAUUUAUGUGUGGUAUCACAAGCCCAUUAUUGAUAAAGAGUUGCUCCAGAGCCUGCCUAACCUGAAGGUAGUUGCAAGCUCUGGGGUGGGAAUAGAUCACUUGGACCUGAACCUCCUCUACAGCUUUGGUGUGAAAGUGUCCAACACUGGGUUUGUUGUUUCCAUGGAUACUGCAGACUUUGGAAUGGCUUUGAUGCUGGCAUCUGCCAGGAGACUUGUGGAAGGCUAUCAGAUGGCAGUUUCCCCUGACACUGAAUACUUCCCUGCUGACUGGUUGGGAGUUGAAAUUUCUGGGUCAACUCUAGGGAUUAUUGGAAUGGGCACCAUUGGCUACAAAGUGGCUCAGAGAGCCAAAGCCUUUGACAUGAAGAUUUUGUACCACAACAGGAACCAGAGAAACAAGGAAGAAGAAAAUGCUGUGGGAGCUAUUUACUGUAAAAAGAUAGAUGACUUGCUCCAGCAGUCAGAUUUUGUGAUGCUGGCUGUGACUCUGACUCCAGAGACGCAUAAACUGAUGGGGAAGAGGGAGCUAGAGCUGAUGAAACCCACAGCUACUCUCAUUAACAUCAGCAGAGGUCUGGUUGUGGAUCAGGAUGCUUUGGUGGAAGCCCUUCAAAGCAAAGUUAUUAAGGCAGCUGCUCUGGAUGUGACAUACCCUGAACCUUUGCCAAGGGAUCAUCCUUUGUUAAAGAUGAGGAAUGUUAUAAUAACUCCUCACAUUGGAAGUGCCACUAAAGAGACUCGUCACCAUAUGAUGGAAAACAUGACUGAAAGCAUAGAAGCUGCUCUUGCAGGUCUUCCUGUCCCUAAUGAAGUAAUACUGUAAAGAGGCUCACAUUUAAUGAUGAUGUUAAUGUUAGUAGCGUUCAUUUUGAUGUGAGGAAAUAGUAACUUGAUGACUCUUCAUGUAAUUAGCCUAUGUUACACAGAUAAAACACAGAAGUAUAGUGCAUAGUUUUAAUUUAUUUAAGUAAUAAAAAGUGUACCUGUGUAGAAAACUGGAGUGUUUGAUCCUGAACUUGAACCAAAAAGAAAUCAA